CUCUCAACUGUUGAUCUGGCAAAACAGUUUUAUUUUCUUGACUCUAUGCACAAAAGCACCAUUUUGCUAGCUUUGUACCAAUGCGUAGCUGAAAAUAACGGGGCCUUGAACUGAUGCAUUAUUCUUUGCAGCUUCAUCGGAAAUUUUAAAUUGUGUGGAAAAAAAAUUGAUAUGGAAUGCCCAGAUGAAAACUCUUCUACUGGUUCUCGUUCUACAGGAGGAGGUAAAACUGGUAAGCUACUUAUAAGUGCAUCUGCUACUGUGGGUGGGCUGCUCCUAGUGGCGCUCAUGUGUUUUUGGGGUUGCUUUCUCUAUAAAAAGCUUGGUAGAGAUGAGAGUAAAAGCCUUGCUAUAGAGGUCGGUGGAGGUGCGUCUAUCGUGAUGUUCCAUGGAGAUCUGCCAUAUGCUUCUAAAGACAUUAUCAAGAAACUGGAAGCCCUUAAUGAAGAGCAUAUAAUAGGCUGUGGAGGUUUUGGAACAGUUUACAAGCUUGACAUGGAGGAUGGCAAUGUCUUUGCGCUGAAAAGAAUUGUAAAACUAAAUGGAGGGUUUGAUAGGUUUUUUGAAAGGGAGCUUGAGAUUCUUGGAAGCAUCAAACAUCGCUACCUCGUGAAUCUACGUGGAUACUGCAACUCGCCCACAUCAAAGCUUCUGCUGUAUGAUUACCUUCCUGGUGGUAGCCUUGACCAAGCUCUUCAUGAGAGAGGUGAGCAACUGGAUUGGGAUUCACGAGUGAAUAUUAUCGUAGGAGCAGCAAAAGGGGUAGCAUACUUGCAUCAUGAUUGUUCUCCUAGGAUCAUACACCGUGAUAUAAAGUCGAGCAACAUUUUACUCGAUGGAAAUCUAGAGGCUCGAGUAUCAGACUUUGGGCUUGCCAAGCUGUUAGAAGACGAAGAAUCUCAUAUCACAACCAUUGUUGCAGGCACAUUUGGUUACUUAGCUCCAGAGUAUAUGCAAAGUGGUAGAGCGACUGAGAAAACGGAUGUUUACAGUUUCGGGGUUUUGAUUCUUGAAGUCCUGAGUGGUAAACUUCCUACGGAUACUUCCUACAUCGAGAAAGGCUAUAACGUUGUCGGUUGGCUAAACUUCUUAAUCAGCGAGAAUCGUCCACGGGAGAUUGUUGAUAGAAGCUGUGAAGGAGUAGAGACAGAGAGUCUUGAUGCUCUUCUAUCUAUAGCAACAAAGUGUGUGUCUUCAAGUCCUGAUGAGCGGCCCACAAUGCACAGAGUAGUCCAGUUACUAGAAUCCCAAGUAAUGUCUCCUUGUCCUAGCGACUUCUACGAUUCCAGCUCCGAUUAAUCACAUUCAUCUUCGCUCCCUCUUGGUUUUGAAUUUUUUUCUUAGAAUGUUCCUGUGAUUGUUUAAACCCUUCCAUUUGAUCUGAAUAUGAAACUAUAAUGUAUAUGACCAUUGUAGAAACACUUAAAUUAUUAUAAGAAUCUAAAUAAAUUUUUCUUUUUUCUA